UCACACUGCAUCUCCACUACGUCUCCAUGCCAGUUGAAGUGUCCAAAAAUGGAUUCCUGGAGCGCAUAGGAGCGCAGGCAUUUGCUGACCUGUCCGAGCUAGCGGAGCUAACAAUCACUAAUUCAAGACAUCUGGCUAUCAUUGACAAAGACGCCUUCUGGAAUCUGCCAAAAUUGAAAUAUUUAUCAAUCUCCAACACCGGCCUCAAGCUGCUCCCCGACGUCUCGAAGAUCAACUCUGCAGCAUUGGACUUCUUAUUUGACCUCCAGGAGAACAUGCACAUAGAAACCCUCCCCCCAAAUGCGUUCCUGGGGCUGAGCACAGAUGUCAUUAAGGAGCUGAGACUGACCAGAAACGGGAUCAAGGAAAUACAAAGCCACGCUUUCAACGGCACAAAGAUGCAAAAACUGUCUCUCAUGGGAAAUCAGUUGCUGAAACACAUCCAUAGCCAAGCCUUUGUAGGAGCCCAGGGCCCCGUCGUGCUGGACGUGUCGCACACUGCAGUCAGUGUCCUACCGGAGAAGAUCCUGAAGGACAUCAAGGUCCUGAUAGCAAAAGCGGCAGAAAGGCUGAAGAAGCUGCCCAGGCCGGACCUCUUCACCCAGCUGACCGAGGCCAACCUUACCUUUCCCAGCCACUGCUGCGCCUUCGCCAGCUCCAGGAAAAACUCGUCCAUGGCAAGCUCCCUGUGCCACCUCCCUCAGAUCCAGCAAGAUGAGCCGUAUUUCUUCCGGGAUUUUUGCUGGAACGCUAACAGGGUGAUGUGUUUCCCAAAGCCGGAUGCUUUCAACCCCUGUGAGGACAUCAUGGGCUUUACCUACCUGCGCAUACUUAUCUGGUUCAUUAGCGUGCUCGCUAUCAUAGGGAACCUGGCUGUGUUGACGGUGCUGCUCAGUAGCCGCUACAAGCUAACCGUGCCGCGCUUCCUCAUGUGCCACCUGGCUUUCGCCGACCUCUGCAUGGGCGUUUACUUGAUCCUCGUCGCCGGCGUCGACGUCCACACUCGCGGACGCUAUUACAACUAUGGUGUGGACUGGCAAACGGGGUCCGGCUGCUCCAUCGCCGGCUUCCUCAUCGUCUUCGCCAGUGAGCUGUCGGUGUAUACGCUGACUGCCAUCACCCUGGAGCGCUGGUACACCAUCACCUUCGCCCUGCGGCUGGACCGGCGCCUGCGGGUGCGCCACGCCUGUGCCGUGAUGGCCGCUGGCUGGCUUUUCGCCUCGAUAGCUGCCCUGCUGCCCAUCGCGGGUGUCAGUAGCUUUUCCAAGGUGAGCAUCUGCUUACCCAUGGAUGUGGAGACGGUGGCCUCUCAGGCCUACGUGGUGGCGCUCCUCCUGCUCAACGUGGCCGCCUUCCUGGUAGUUUGCGUCUGCUACCUGUGCAUCUACCUGUCGGUGCGCAAACGUACCUUCGUGCCCGCCAGCGCCGACAUGCGGGUAGCCAAGAGGAUGGCCGUGCUCAUCUUCACCGACUUCCUGUGUAUGGCUCCCAUCUCCUUCUUCGCCAUCUCGGCUGCCCUCAAGCUCCCGCUCAUCACCGUCUCACAUGCUAAAGUGCUGCUGGUUCUCUUCUAUCCAAUCAACUCUUGCGCCAACCCGUUCCUCUAUGCCUUCUGCACUAAGACCUUCAAGAGGGAUUUCUUCAUCCUGGCAAGCCGUUUUGGCUGUUUCAAAGCCCGGGCACAGAUGUACCGUACAGAAACAUCCUUGUUACAGAAUGGCGGCUCGACUCCCACCCCCAAGACAUGUGAAGGUACCCUCUAUUCACUGGUGCCUAUCAACCAUUCGCACUGAGCCGCACACAUACCCAAAAAAGAUCACACUCUUCUACAUCCUAUGAGAAUACAAGUUUUUCAUGCCUGUGGUUAUAUGAAGACUUUCUGAUAUCAUCUCUGUAGCAGUAUGGAUUUUAAGAGGAUGAUCUGUAUGUUUAUCUCAGGUUUUCACAGCAAUUCAACGGCUCCAUGGAAGUCAUUUUACUAAGCUAAAAUAGAACGCUAGAAGCAAAACAAAUUGGCCGCCUACAUUAACACCCACACAUUAUGUGAAGCUUGAGACCUGUGAUGCUCUAUCAUUGCUGAUUUCUUGUAUUUGGGACGUGUAUUGGCACAUUAAAUGCAAGUUCUUAUGGUGGAAUGGUUCAGCAUUUUCAUGAGGUUGUGCAGCUCUUUAUAGACUUCAUAGACAAAGUGUUCCUGUAGUGUUACAAAUAAUGGGUGUACUCUAGCCUAGAAUUAGUCGGUUUGGUAACACUUCAGGGGGCACAAAAAAAUGUAGUACUACGCUCUUACUUAAUGCAUUAAUUAACCGGUAAUUAAUGUUACGUACUGAUCCCAUGUUCAUUCAUCAUUAAUUAAUCAUGACGGUUCAUGUAUUUGAAGUGUUUCAUACAGAAACUAUAUUAGUUCAUGAUUUGUUCUCGAGUGGUGCCUGUAUUGAUGAUAUGCAUACGGUGCUGCUGACGUUUUUCCGGUAAAAUCUCAGCCAGCUAAAGUAAUGCUGAUAACGUUUAUCAGCUAGCGGCAGCUAAUGUUACAGGGCAAAAUGGUUUGUUCACAUUUUAAAUGUCAUUGUCUGAUUUUGUAAAACUGCAUUGUUCAUGUUUGCCUGCUUAGGCACAAUGUCUACAGUGUUUUUAAUUACCUUGUCCUUUAAUUUAAUUACCUUGUCAUUGCAAGGUUAAUUAAUCUGUGUGUGUCCACAUGAAACAUGACUGAAUGUACGAUGUCUCUGUUUAUCUUUUCUCUCCAUGCCCCUUUGAAUGCAUAAUCUAUAAGCUUGUUCUGUAUAUUAAUCAUUUUCAAAAUUAAAAUUAAUUAAUGAAAAUUAAA